AUGUCUCUUGUUGUCACAGCGAAAAUACCUCAAAAUGCAGUUUUCUUCGCUGGUGAACGAUUUCAGUGUGAGAUUACCUUUUCAUACCCUACUCCUAAUGUUGAAAGAUUAUCUAAUGAGGUUAAGACCUCUGGUUCUACCAAUAAGAACGGGAUCACAACUCAUAUGAAAUCAAGUGGCGAUUCUAAAUCUCAAGGCAAGAAAACUUCAGCUAAACAAAACAGUACUCCAUUGUCCGUUAUAGUAGAGAAUCCUGCCAUACAAAAUAGUCUCGCGGGAGACCUUGGCGAUUCCGGAAUGUUUGGUUUUCGUAAUUUCGUCAAACAAUCAGCAACACUAACAGCGAUUGCAUCAUCAACAUUUUCAUUACUUGCAUUGGGUGGUGGAAAUUCUAUGGUGUCAACAUUACCAAAAUUAUCUCCACCUACUAUAACAAAUUCUUCAGAAAAAUUAUCACCUUUACAAGAAGUUGAAAGGUUGUCGAAUAAAACAAUAAAUAAAGGUGGUGCCAAUCCUUCACAAUCAGAACCAUUUUCAUACACUGAAAUUGAAGAGACAGAUGGGGAUGGUGGUUUAAUUAAUUUACAACAUGCGGAUGCUAGUGAUACAGUUUCUAUGAGUGAUUAUGAUACAUCCGAAUCAACACCUAGAAGUUCAGUAGAUUUUUACGGACUUGGAUAUUCAGAAAGUAAUAAUGCUUGGGGUGGAUCAUUAUCAGAAUAUAAAAAGUAUAGUUCUAGUAGUAGACGUUCAUCAUCAGGAAGUGGGCGUUGUAAUUCUUCACCUUCUCUUACUCAAAAGUAUGAAACAUUAUUAUGGGGAUUUGCACAGAUAGUAGGCCAAUUUAUGGUUGAUAGUUCUUUAAUUAAAUCUAUUGAAUUUGAACCAUUGAAGACAAAAACAAUGUAUCGACCAGCUGGUAGUAAUGUAGCUGGAGGUGCGGUAGGUGGUGGAACUUUGGGUAUAUCUAAUUCAUUACAUCCAUCAAGUUUACAGGAUCUUCAAGAUCGAGCAGAUAGUAACUCUAUUCCAGUUUUCUCAACACCUCCUUCAAUUUUAUUUUGUGAUUUACAUUUGGCACCGGGGGAAACUAAAACUUAUAAAUAUGAGACUAGAUUACCGACUGAUUUACCUCCAUCUCAUCGUGGUAAAUCAAUUCGGUUUCAAUAUAAUUUAAUAAUAGGAACUCAUCGAGGAGGUUUAAAUCAUCAAUCGAAUAUAGUUCAGAUGCCUUUUCGAGUAUUCAAUUAUGUUUCGGAGGAUGGGUCACGACCUGUUUAUGAUUUAAUGAAUCCAGUCGUAAUUUACAAAGAUGACGCUAUAAUAACUUGUAAAGAAGAUGGUCCAAAACCUCAACCAGUUAAGAAAAGAGACAAUAAGCGUGAUGAAUUUUUGGAUUAUGUAGAGAAACUUGUUCAAAGCAAUAAUAAUGAAGAAAUAGUUAUUAUAAAUAAAAGAAUGGAAGAAAAUAAUGAUAGUGAUAUGUACGUUUUUGUAGAAAAAGAUGAAAAUUCAGUAGCAAAUACUGCAACAAUAUUAUCCAAGCACAUGCGAAAAGCAAAUUACGAUAUUUGUAAAAAUAAUCAGCGAGUCGCACAAUUAUGUUUACUAAAAACAUCAUAUCGAUUGGGUGAUAUAGUCAUUGGCACGCUAAAUUUUGAUGGUGCUAUUAUACCAAGUUAUCAGGUAUCUAUAACUUUGGAGAAUAGUGAAAUUAUUGAGCCAUCUAUUGCCAAUCGACCGCAAUCACAAAUAGCCCGUUUAACCCGUAAAAUACAUGGAGAACAUCAUGAAUUUUGUUUAAAUGCUAAACGUAUUAGUUUUUCUAUUUCGAUGCCAACAAAUUGUACUCCGGAUUUUGCAACAACUGGAGUGAAACUUCAAUGGUGCCUGAGACUAGAAUUCAUUACUGGUCCAAAGGAUCAAAAUUCAUUAAUACCACUUAAUGCAGAUGAAAGACAUCAUUAUUAUCAAGCAGUUGAAGAAGUUAAUGUUGAAACCUUUGAUUGUUCUAUUCCAAUUAAAGUAUAUCCAACAUCAUAUGAAUCUGCACGGACAUUUCCUUCUCAACACACUUUUCUUAUAUCUUUUGUACCAGCUGGAACAAUUUUAAAAGGAAUCAAUAUAUUUAAAAAUGGAUCUGAUCCUAUAGCAAAACUUGAUGAAGAGUAUCCAGAUUGGUUAUGGGAUUUAUUAGAUGAAAAAAAGCAAAAUGUAUUGAGAGAACAUCCACAUUCUAGACCUGCUCUUCGACAACAAAGAAAGCAAUUGAUUAAAAAUAAUAAUUUUGAUAAGAGUAGAAAAAAAUAA